AUUUCGAUCUUUUGAAGGGCAAGAUAUGUACAAUGGGGAGAAGAUUGUCCCCAUCAAGCUUGAUCUUCGAGUGAAUCAUACGCUAAUAAAGGACCAGUUUUUGUGGGACUUGAACAACUUUGCGAGUGAUCCAGAAGAAUUUGCAAGAACCUUCUGCAGAGAUUUGGGUAUUGAAGACCCAGAAGUCGGACCUGCAAUUGCUGUUGCAAUUAGGGAACAACUAUAUGAGAUUGCAAUCCAAAGUGUAGCUUCAACAAGGGAAACUAGAAUAAACAAGAAGGGUCGCAGAGGGGCUGAACAAUUCCCAGCCAGUAAGGCAGGUGGAACUGCAGUAGACUUGAUGAAGUUAUUUGGUAACAAAUCCAGUGCCAUUCGGAAGAGAAGGGAAUGGGAUGUCUAUGAGCCCAUUGUUGAUAUUCUGUCGAAUGAGGAAGUAGAUGCCCUUGAAGCAAGAGAAGAGAGGGAUGCUCGAACGUGAAAUUUCUGUUCAUUUAUGUACCUAAAAAGUAACUAAAGCCACCAUGACCACACCAUAUCUUAUUCUCCGUGAAUGUUUUGAGAAUAUGCACAUGCAUUUGUAUGUCAGGAGAGGGGGAGAGAAGAUCAAGGUAAAGGACUAUAAGCAAAAGAUUAUUACUAUUAUAUCUUUUUUUUUUUUUU